CCGGAGUAUUUGAGGCGAGUGUUGGGCAGAUUCUAGCAGCUCGUUCAAGUUCAAUACUAUAUAAGCUAUCACAUUCCUCUCCACGAUUCAGGCCAGUACAUCGAGCUCAGCAUCAAGAUCACGUAUUGCACUUCUGCACGGCCAGCGAGCCGUACAACAAGCAAAGAUGGUAGGCAGGGGCCGCCACCUCUGCAACAGGGGCAAGGACCUGGAGCGACCUGUGGCGGCCGUGUAUCGAGGCCCGAUUGCCUGCGAUGGGUGCUCUGAAAGCGUGGCAGAGUUGCUGAGGAAGUCACCGGCCAACUUCAGGGUCCACUAUCUUGGUCCCACCGAGACUCAUGACAUCAAUGCGCAAACCCUGAACCACCUCGAUCUUUUCGCCUGGCCCGGCGGUGGUGACGACCAAGACGCCGAUUACUUAAAGGUGGCACAUUAUACCAAGGAAAUUCAGGAGUUCGUCAGAAAUGGUGGCCGGUACGCGGGCUUCUGCAUGGGUGCCUUCCUUGCGCAGGGGCAAGGCAGCAAUCAAACCUUCUUUCAACUCUUGCCUCGAGGGAGCUACGUCUCUUCGGAGAGGUUCGAGAAGGGGGCACAGAUCAAGGGUGAUGAAGAUACGAUCAUCUUGACCGACUGGACCUUCCACACUGGGCCGAAACGCGGCACAAGCGAGGACAAUCGAUGGCAAUAUUUCCAAGAUGGGGGUCAAAUCCACCUCGACGAGAGCACGCUACCCGUUGGCGCUUUUGUCCUCGGUCGCUAUACAUACACGGGCGAUCCUUGCUCCGUCAUUGUCCCUUACGGUGCGGGCUACGUAGGACUCGUGGGCGUUCAUCCAGAAGCAGACAAGAGCUGGUACGAAGACUGGCACGGUCACAAUCCACAAGGUAUCAAAUUUGACAUUGGCCAUGAUUUCGUCCAAAGCCUCUGGCAGGCGGAACACAUCAUCGAAGGGGAGCUUGCCCAUAAAAUGGGUGAAAGCAGCAAAACGACGACCUUAUCUGUUGAUGCCAGCCAGCAGACUAGGACAUGAGAGUAUCACCCGAAGCGUCAGUCCGGCCUGUUAAGUUCC